UUUGCCGGCUCUUGUGUUUUUUCCCCCUUCAUUUUAUGAAAAUAGAUUUGUUGCGGUCUCGCGCGCGGCGGCAUAGAACGCGUGGCCGCGCGGAGCUGCGCCUGUCGCUGCACCUUUAAGGCAAUGGAGCAGAAAAGCGGCUGCAGAGGAGGAGGCGAGGGUUACUCCAUAAUGCUCGGUGGCAGGGAAGGUUAGCCAGGGACCAGAGUGAUUUGUACGGCUGCGGGAAGAUGCGUGUGCUUGUUGCUUGUUCGAUGGAGAGAGGUGGCGAAAGAAUGAGUUCCCACUACAGCUAACGCUUCAAACCAAUCUUCUUCUUUUUUUUAAUUUUUUUUUAAUUUUUACAAACCAACUUUUUACGCGUACGCAUUAAAACUGAACUUUUCUCCGGGUUCGAAUUAUCUAAGCGCAGCCACGUUAAUUGGCGCUUUAUUAUGAUUUCCACGCGCACGCCAAUUAGGAUAUAAUCUGUUAUUUUGCGCGUCGUUUCCUUUAUUUAUUUAUAUAUAUAUAUUGCAUUUAUCCAGGACUUGUGCACAUUUAAAGUAGUCCUGCGUAUUGCGUCUCCAUCCUCCGUCUCCACUCUGACUCAGCAGCAGCCCUAGCAGCAGCAGCAGCAGCCAGCAGCAGCAGCAGGAGCAGGACUCACCUGGACCGGAGCGCAAGGACCCCCGUCUCGUCCAUGCAACCUGCACAGCGUCGCGCUUAGACGCGGGGAAGGCUGCGCCAAAGCACGGUGUGGCUCUUUCUAAAGGAGCCGUAUACGCUCGGAUCAGAGCUCUGUGCAAGGAUACAGCCACCAGGAGCCAUACCUCCUCAUCCCCAACGUAAAGGAUUCAGAGAGAGAGAGAGAGACAGAGAGAGAAGGAGCGCGCACCAGAGAGAGAGAGAGAGGGAUCCGGAGAGAGAGAGAUUUUUUUAUUUUUAUGAACCAUCUCUUUCCGUUGCAUUUGACUUGUUUCAGCAAAACAAGGGGGAUUUCUGGAAGAAAGCGUGGAGUGAAAAGAAGAAGACAAAUCAUAGCUUGGAUAUUGACCGGAGCGGGGCAUGUGGAUAUUGGCUUUUAUCUUUUCCCAGUGCAUCUUGAAUGUUUUCGGUGAAGAUUUACGUUCCAGCUUAUAUUUUGUCAAUGCAUCUGUGCAAGAGGUAGUGUUCGCCAGCACCACAGGGACCGCGGUGCCCUGUCUCGCCACCGGCGCGCCGCCCAUCUCCCUGCGCUGGUACCUGGCCACCGGCGAGGAGAUCUACGACGUGCCGGGGAUCCGCCAUGUGCACGCCAACGGCACGCUCCAGAUCUUCCACAUCCCCCCGUCCAGCUUCUCCAAGCUCAUCCACGACAACAGCUACUACUGCACGGCCGAGAACCCCUCGGGGCGGAUCCGCAGUCAGGAUGUCCACAUCAAGGCUGUCCUACGGGAGCCCUACACGGUCCGCGUGGAGGACCAGAAGGCCAUGAGAGGCAAUGUGGCCGUCUUCAAGUGCAUUAUCCCCACCUCGGUGGAGGCCUACAUCACUGUGGUGUCAUGGGAGAAGGACACCAUGUCAAUCAACGCAGAGAGUGAGUCCAGCAUUCGUAUUCCUCUGUGCUACACCGUGCGCUGCAUGCAUACGCUCAACCUAUCUACAUGCAUGUAUGAAUACGCACUGGGUGGAGUUGGCCGAGGGCCAGACGGAGGGGGGGUUCUUGGUGGCGUUCAGGACCCAUACAGAGCACGAUGCAUGAGGACAGGGCUGAUCGUGUUUCAUCCACACCUGUCCCCCCCCCCCCCAGCUCCGGACGGACCCCCUCAGGAGGUGCAGCUGGAGGCCUUCUCCUCCCAGAGCAUCCGCGUCUCAUGGAGGGCCCCCAAGAAGCACCUUCAGAACGGGGCCAUCAAGGGCUACCAGGUGGGCUACCGGGAGUACAGCUCCGGGGGCAACUACCAGUUCAGCGUCAUCAGCAUGGAGUCCACGGGGGACAACGCCGAGAGCCUGGUCCUGGACAACCUCAAGAAGUACACCCAGUACGGGGUGGUGGUGCAGGCCAGCAACAGCGCCGGGACGGGGCCCUCGUCCACCGAGGUGGCCUCCACCACGCUGGAGGACGUUCCCAGCCGGCCCCCGGAGAACGUGCAGGCGUCGGCCUCCUCCCCAGAGGUCAUCUCUCUCUCCUGGCUGACCCCAUCCAAAGAGGCCCUGAACGGGAACCUCAUGGGGUUCAGGGUCAUCUACUGGGCCAACCUGCCCGAUGGAGAGCUGGGCGAGAUCCGCAACGUGACCACGGCCAACCCCUCCCUGGAGCUGGACGGGCUGGAGAAGUACACCAACUACAGCAUCCAGGUGCUGGCCUUCACCAGGGCGGGCGACGGCGUGCGCAGCGAGCAGAUCUACACACGCACCAAGGAGGAUGUUCCUGGACCCCCGGCCGGCGUGAAGGCCGCUGCAGCGUCCAACUCGGUGGUCUUCGUGUCCUGGCUGCCCCCCCUGAAGGUCAACGGCAUCAUCAGGAAGUACACCGUCUUCUGCUCCAACCCACAUCCUACGGUGAGCAGUGAGUUCGAGGCCGCGCCCGACAUCUUCUUCUACCGCAUCCCCAACCUGUCCCGGAACCGGCAGUACAGCAUCUGGGUGGUGGCGGUGACGGCCGCGGGCCGCGGGAACGCCAGCGACAUCAUCACCGUCAAGCCAAUGGCAGAGGCGCCGGCCAGGAUCCUGACCUUCAACCGCACGGUGACCACCCCCUGGAUGAGGGACAUCGUGCUGCCCUGCAAGGCCGUGGGAGACCCCGCCCCCACCAUCAAGUGGCUGAAGGACAACAAUGGAACCCCAGCGCCUGUUGUGAUUGACAGCCGACGCAGCGUCCACGGCAACGGCAGCCUGGUCAUACGCACGGUGAAAGCCGAGGAUUCUGGGAACUACACCUGCGUGGCCAGUAACAGCUUUGGGCCGGACAAGAUCAUCCUGAACCUGCAGGUCCAAGUUCCACCUGACCAGCCCCGCCUCACCGUGACCAAGACCACCACCACGUCCAUCACCCUCUCCUGGAUCCCGGGGGACAACGGAGGCAGCUCCAUCAGAGGCUACAUCCUCCAGUACUCGGAGGACAACAGUGAGCAGUGGGGGAACUACGCCAUCAGCCCCAGCGAGCGGGCCUACCGCCUGGAGACCCUCAAGUGCGGCACCUGGUACAAGUUCACCCUCACCGCCCAGAAUGCAGUGGGGCCAGGGCGCAUCAGUGAGAUCAUCGAGGCCAAGACCCACGGGAAAGAGCCCCAGUACUCCAAGGAGCAGGAGCUGUUCACCAGCAUCAACGCCACGCGCGUGCGCCUCAACCUGAACGGCUGGAACAACGGCGGCUGCCCCAUCAGCUCCUUCACGCUGGAGUACCGGGCGGUGGACUCGCCCACCUGGACCACGGCGCAGCGCACCUCGCUCACCAAGAGCUACAUCCUGUACGACCUGCAGGAGGCCACCUGGUACGAGCUGCAGAUGAAGGUGCACAACAGCGCCGGCUACGCCGAGAAGAGGGUCAAGUUCGCCACGCUGAGCUACGACGGCAGCACCAUCGCUCCGCUGGUGAAGGCGCCCAACGUGAGUGCGGGCGUGGCCAGCAGUGGCGACGGGCUGAAGAUGAUGGUGACCAUUUCCUGCGUGCUGGUGGGCAUCGUCUUCAUCUUCAUCGGCCUGCUGGUGCUCCGGAGGCGGAGGAGGGAGCAGAGGCUCAAGAGACUGCGAGAUGCAAAAAGUCUGGCCGAAAUGCUGAUGAGUAAAAACACACGUCCCGCCGAGCCAAUCAACAAGCAGCAGCAGACCCUGCGAAUGCACAUCGACAUCCCCAGAGCCCAGCUCCUCAUCGAGGAGAGGGACACCAUGGAGACCGUUGACGACCGCUCCACGGUGCUGCUCACAGACAACGACUUCGGGGAGACCCAGAAGCAGAAGUCGUCCACCGUCACCCACACGGUCCACUACCAGUCCCUGUCCCAGGCCACCGGGCCGCUGGUGGACGUGUCUGAUGCCAGACCAGGCACCAGUAAGUCCAGGUCCAAAAUUAACACCUGCCACCAGCCAAUGGCAGAUAGAUUUGACCAUUUGGCAGACCCCACCGCCCGGCGCACCGCCAAGCCCGGGCCCGCCGCCCGCAACCGCUACGCCAGCCAGUGGACGCUGAACCGGCCCCACCCGCCCGUCUCCGCCCACACCCUGAGCACCGACUGGAGGCUGCCCACCCCCAGGGUGGCGGGCUCCGUGGACAAGGAGAGCGACAGCUACAGCGUCAGCCCCUCCCAGGACACAGACCGCGCCCGCAGCAGCAUGGUGUCCACGGAGAGCGCGUCCUCCACGUACGAGGAGCUGGCGCGCGCCUACGAGCACGCCAAGAUGGAGGAGCAGCUGCGGCACGCCAAGUUCACCAUCACCGAGUGCUUCAUCUCGGACACGUCGUCGGAGCAGAUGACGGCGGGCACCAACGACUACACGGACAGCCUCGCCUCCAGCACGCCGUCCGAGUCGGGCAUCUGCCGCUUCACCGCCUCGCCGCCCAAGCCCCAGGACGUCAGCCGCGUCAUGAACAUGGCGGCGCCCAAGGCCCACAGACCGGGUGGCGAGCUGGUGCACUUGCCGCCGUAUCUGCGCAUGGACUUCUUGCUAAACCGCGGCAUGACCUGCUCGGGGUCGUCCAGGGCCACGUCGAGCGGCGAGGGCUCGGCCAUGGGCCAGGCGUGCCUGGAGCCCCAGAAGAGCCGCUCGCUGAAGAGGCCCUCCCGCAUGGCUCCUCCCACGCCAUCGGAGCCGCCGCCGCCGCCGCGGGCUAGCAGCAGGGACCCAGUGGCCCAGUGGCAGCCCGGCGCGGCCGCCACGCUCCCCCACAGGGAGGGCUCGGAGCUGGCCCAGGCCGCCAAGCUCAGCACCUCGCAGGAGUCCCUGCUGGAUUCGCGGGGACACCUCAAACAGAGCAACAACCCCUACGCAAAGUCCUACACGCUGGUAUAACAGGAGGGGCCGGGGGUGGGUUGGGAGGUGGGGAGGUCGGGAGGGCGGGGUUAGGGGGUGAAGGGCGGAGCCAAGGGUGGGGUGGGGGCGUGGCUCUGCACUCUACGCCUGAAAACACUGGACUUUACACUCAAGUGCAGUAAAGUGACUUUUCACCACGCAGGUCCUGUAUAUAUAUAUGGCCCUCUUCCUCUUCCAGGGGGAGGAGGGAUCACUUUUACUAAUCUCCUUUUUAUUUAUUUUUUAGAGCUUUCGUUUUUCGUCUUUCGUUUGUUUUCUUUUUCACUUGAGGGAAUUCACUCACGGGAAAACUGACUCCCAAGGGGAGCCCUGCCAAACUAAUUGAGUAAACAAGGGAGCGUUAUUUAUUCUAACUGUUGAUUCUUAAUAAUUAAACAGUGAUUAGUCAUUGUUAGUUGUCGGCUAGUAAUGAUUAUCGAUUAUUGAUUACCAAAUGAUUGGUUAUUAUGACCAUUGCUUCGAUGUUUUCAUAAAAAACAACGGACGUGGUUGAUUUUUUUUAUUAUUAUUAUUUUUCUGGAGUGGAAGAUGACGAUUUGGGAGUAAUUUUUUUCCUAUGGAAUACCUUUUUGAAACACUGAAUGAAAGUUGAGAGAACUCUUGGAAUGAAAGCAAUUGACACCAGUCCAAGCUGCUCUCAAAUUGUUACUUUUUUUGAAGAAAAAAAAAAUCUAUUUCCUAUGGAUGCAUGGGGACUGACCAAUUAAAAGACAAAGAGGAUUCCGACCACGGCUGGGCCAAUCCCAGUCGAGCAUUUUGUCACACUAUGAAAUGAUCCAAUGUGAAGAUUUAUUAUUCUUAUUACUAUAAAUAUAAAUAUAUAUAUAUAAAAAGAGAAAUCACUUUUAUUUGUGGAUAUUACAGGGAAUAAUUGAUUUGGUUAAUAAAGUCCUUAGUCAUGUUUGCACAUAUCUCGUUUUGAUUAGGAAAUGGAGUCUCUGUUGAUCUCUCUCUGUCUCUCUCUCUCUCUCUCUCUUUGUGUCCCAUUCUCCGAUGGUGCAAUAUGAAGAAAAGGAAAAAAAAAUAUGGAAAUAUGGAAAAAGGUUAUAUGGAAAAAUUAUUUGCUCUAUGCUGUACUGUAUUGAUGAGAAGAUAAAAAAAAUGAAGAGGUAUGUUAUGCGUGUACACACACGGGGCGGGGUGCACUCCGGGCUCUGUAUUCAGGUGUCGUGCGUUGAGUUUGUUGCUCAAGGGCAGGGGCAGUGAGCGAUGAUGACGCUGAGGGCUGACAACAAGGGAGGGUUCGGAGCCGAAAGAGCCUGCAUUCCCCGAGACCCCCCCCCAUAUCUAGAGCGUGUCCAGAUAGAGCCCCCCUACCCCCGCCUGACACCCCCUCCGCUCCCCCAACCCUCCCUAGCUCUCUCCCCCAGUAGUAGGGAGUGUCCAGAUAGAGACCCCCAACCCUACCAGCCCCCCCCCCUGACUCCCCCUCUGCUCCACCCACCCUCCCUAGCCCCCCCCCCCUGACUCCCCCUCUGCUCCACCCACCCUCCCUAGCCCCCUCCCCCAGUUCCCCCGUUCCCUCAGUGCACUAGGUAGAGUCCACGUGGCUCUCAUUCCUUCUUAGUAGAUCUACUGUUGCUGUGAGCGGCAAUGCUGCUCUACAGGGAAAUAAAUAAAACGUGAGACAAUCCAACAGAAGCCCCUCCCCCUCCCGCCACCGUUCAAACCAAACCUAAAGUCUAAUGGGAGAUACCGGAAAAAAAAGUGGAUAUUUAAAAAGCUGUUUUAGUUUUUAUUUUCUCUUAUUUUGUUUCGUCUAUACCCUGGCCUUUUUAUUGUUUGUUCUUUGUGUUUUCUGUUUCUGUUUGGAGUUAGUCCUGAUGGGAGACUUUAAUCUAAAAUGCUGUGAGGUCACUUCUGUCAGUUUCUAUGAUUACUUCUUCUAAGAUUAACUGUCUUCAUUAUGAUUCUACAUUUUAACAAAAAAAAAUGUCACUUUUUAUUUUUAACAUGAGUGUUCACUAUGGUGGCACUGGAAUAAAGAGAAACUAACACACAGUUCGAAAAUUUGAUUAAUAAAAUGGCUGUUCCCCAAAAAAAA